GUGCAGAUUGAGUGAACAAUUGGUCGGGUUUAGACAAAAUUCAUGCACAACCCGUCAAUUUCAAAAGCAAAUAAAAUCACUCUAUACCCAAAAUUGCGUAAUUUCAACUUCUGUGACCUGAUGGAGUCGAAUUGAGUACCAUGAUUCGUAUCCUCAACAUCGAUCUGAAUCGCAAACAUGUGGCCUGAGAUUUUUUUUUUUAAUUUGUUACCAUAUUUGAGCACGAUGGUGCCAUAUACGUAUUGCUCAGCUUGAUUUUCUCCCAGGAUAGUGAAUUUUUUUGAGUUGGGGAUUCUUCUUGGGAAGCCGGCGAUGAAGGAAUGGGCGAAGAAGAAAAGGGUGUAGCGGCCACUCCGAUCCCAAUGUAAAAUAAUUUUUUUUGAAUUUUGAAUUUUUUUUUAAAUUUACAUGUCAUUAAGUUAACGGUCCAGUCAUCAGUUUCGUUUGCCACGUCAUCAAAAAACUGACAGAGUUAACUGAAUUUGACGGAAACUAACGGCCGGUGAUUAACGAUGAAACGAUUUGUAAAGUUAGUGGCGAAUUAGAAAGAAAAAUAUUUCGGGUGACAAUUAUGAAAAAUUUAUAUAAUUUGAGUGACCAAACGUGUAAUUUAGCCGGGGAAAAAUGUAAAUCUUUUUGUCAAAGGAAAAAAUAAUUCCACCGUUACCAAAAGGGGGGUAAAAUUGGAAAAACGGAACAACGAUUAGCACUCUCUGACCCUAACGUCUUCGUCCUCGCAGGAUCACUCUCCUGAUUCCUUUCUCGGGCUUACAGACUCCUCAAUCCUUCCGACCACCACCGUCACUGGCUCCUCAGUAGCGCCCGCGUCCGCCUCUCUCAUUCUAACUCUCACCAUCGCCCAGCCGGGACGACGAUUGCUGCCAGACUCUCGAGCAACUGUCCGCGGGCACCUUCUUCCGUCGAAAGGCAAGCCGCUCUCUCUGGUUAGGUAAGUUUCUCCCCUCCCUUUUUAACUUCACUAGAUUGGAUGGUUGUAUAGCGCCAAUGCCCACGUUCUUAAGACUUCGCUGUUGGUUGGAUUCCCUUCUUAUUCGUUCUUGGUUCCGGCGGUUAAGAGAGGGCUCUGGUUUGCUUCCCUUACUCUCCUCAUUCGUGUAUUCGAAUUCGUAUGCAGAAUCAAUGUGGUCUUGUUUGAUUCUCCUGACAUGGAAUAGGGUUCAAACUUAGGUCAUCUAAAUCAAAACUGUAUUGGUUGCAUACCAGCUUUUUAUCCUAAACCUUGAAUCUUGAAUUUUCUUUUGGGCGGAAUUUGUUGUUAGAUUAAUAGUAAUGGUGGCCUUCAAUUGACUUGUUUUACUUUCCGUUCAAAGGAAUUCCUGAGAGGGAGAGACAGAUGAAGAUAGCAGUGGAAGGUUGUAUGCAUGGUGAUCUGGACAUAGUUUACCAGACAAUCCAGCACCUGGAGAAGUUGCAAGAUAUCAAAGUCGACCUUCUCCUCUGCUGUGGCGACUUCCAGGCAAUUAGGAACGAGAGGGAUAUGCAAAGCCUGAAUGUGCCACACAAAUUCAAGGAAAUGAAGUCUUUCUGGAAGUACUACUCCGGCCAGGAGGUUGCUCCCAUUCCCACCAUUUUCAUUGGUGGCAAUCAUGAAGCUUCCAAUUAUAUGUGGGAACUAUAUUAUGGAGGAUGGGCAGCUCCUAAUAUAUUCUUCUUGGGAUGUGCUGGCGUGGUCAAGUUCGGUAACAUUCGUAUCGGUGGGUUGUCUGGGAUUUACAAUGCCAGGCACUAUCGUCAAGGGCAUGAUGAAAGACCUCCCUAUAACCAAGACACAAUAAGAUCUGUGUAUCAUGUUCGUGAAUACGACGUACAUAAGCUCAUGCAAGUUACAGAACCGAUUGACAUCUUCCUUUCACAUGAUUGGCCUCUUGGCAUCACUGAUUGCGGUAACUGGCAGCAACUUGUUCGGUUCAAACCACACUUUGAAGAAGAGAUUCAGGCAGGAACCCUUGGAAACAGAGCUGCUGCUGAACUGCUUGAAAAGUUAAAACCCCCGUAUUGGUUUUCAGCUCACUUGCACUGUAAAUUUGCUGCCCUCGUCGAUCAUGGCAAAGAUGGCCAAAAGACGAAAUUUCUUGCACUGGACAAAUGUCUACCACAGAGAAGGUUCUUACAGAUUCUAGAAAUAGAGUCUGAUUCUGGGCCUUUUGAGAUCCAGUACGAUGAAGAAUGGCUAGCAAUAACCAGGAAGUUUAACUCUAUCUUUCCGUUGACAAAAGCAAAUGCAAACUUCAGGGAUACAACCCCAGAUAUCCAAGAGUGCCGUGAAUUUGUCAGGAGCAAGCUAGAAGCUAGAGGAGCAAAACCUUUUGAAUUUGCACAAACCGCUCCUGCUUUUGAUCCCAAUCAAUCUCAAUCAAUGGGCUCCUCCAGGGGGGAUGAAUGUCUUAGGAACCCCCAAACGGAGUCAUUCUUGCAGCUUUUGGAGCUUCCAUAUCUGCUAGACCAAGGAACUGCAGUAACAGCAGCGAAUGCUUAUCAUCGUCCUAGUCCGUCGAUCCAGAGAGGUCCUUGCGUUGAUAAUACUGAAGAAAUACCGAUAGAUGACAUUGAUGAAACAGAAGACUAACACUGAGCAGCAGCAUCGUUGACAACUACAGCGCCGAUUUCACUGUGGAAACUCCUGCUCCUAACUCGAAGGCUAGCUGGGAAAUGUGAACCCAACCCAUCAAUGGGAAUCGCCUAAAGUCCUAAACUACGGUGGCGGCGGCUGGAAACCAUUUACCUUUUUCACCAGGAAACUGACUGGUAAAAGUUUGGUAGUUAGUUACAGCCUCAAAUGUCAAGGGUUGAUUUCGAUUUGUCUUGUGGUAGGAAGUGAAAUUGCAGGUGCAGCAUACUGUAAGGGACAGCGAUCCAUGUGGGUUGGUUGGUGAGAGGGCAAAAGACAAAAUGACUUGACAUUUUCGAAAGGGGCCAUGGAUUACAGCAGUCAGCUCCAAUAGUAAAAUGUGAAUGGUAGGAAAAACAAAGGCAACGAAGUCACGUCUUCCAUAUUCGCCUACCUUUUCAUCUUUCUGCAAAUCAUCUAUUUAUACCAUCUAGCUCCGGUAUGAAUAAUGAUAUUUGUUGGUGUGGGGUUGACUCAUGAUCCGUUCGCCUGAUCUCGUCGAGAGGGAAGAAACCUGUGAAAGAACCGGGGAUGCCCCCGGAUUAAGCUCCGACGAUCAAGUUAGUAUAUUAUGUAGAAUGAGUUGAGAGAAUAGAUAGAGAGAGAAAGUGUAGAGAGAUAAUGAAAAGUUGGAAAGUGAGGUCCUCUCCUUUGGAGGGCUUCAAGCCCUUAUAUACCUGUAGCGGGUAUCAAGCGUUGGGCAUCGCCGAUUGUGCGCCCUACUACUUAGUUUGUGCGCGGAGUAUCUUAGUAACACCCCCAACAUCAUCCAUUCACGAUAUGUCAAACCGUUUCUUUUUUAUCCUUCUAUUAGUGCUGGUUUGCUUCCAUUCAGAUUCAACCAGGCUUUAAAUUCACGAAUACAACGAGACCAUUCAGAUUCAACCAGGCUUUAAAUUCACGAAUACAACAAGACUCGGUUAUCGAGUGUAUAUAACUAAUUGUAAUAUGUUCACGUUUAUUAAGAAAUCGCAAUGAGCAGAGCGGAUCGAAAACAUGGAAGUAAAAUUAAUCAGGUAGGGAGAAGGAAAACCUUGACUUAGACAAUCCUAAUAGUUUUCACAUUUGUUACGAAUUUUACUAUAGUUUAAGAGAUAGGAGGUCUAUCAGCAACUUCGACAUGAUUGAAUUGGUUGUUUUAAACUUUUCAUUCUAUCAUUAAGAGUUGGCGAGAUAAGCAAAAUAACAUGGGGGAAAAUCGUAGUAAACAAAUUAGGAUUGAGAGAAGAUACAUUUUCAUGUUCAUCCACUGCCAAGAAGAAAGUUACUACGUAGUGAUGGCAAUAAAGACCCAAAAUUUGAGUAUUGUCCAAAUUCAAUUUAUUAGGAGUUAAAUCAGGUUUAUGUAAUAUCGAUUUUUUUGGUCAUACCCAUACCCAAUUUUUUAGCUUUUUGCUUAUCAAAAUUGGACCCAAAAUAUUGGUUACCCAAAUGAAAAAAUUGGGUACCUGAUUCUAAUACAAUUUUUUGCAUUUUUCUUUGUUGCGAAACAAACAAAAUGUGGAAAUGUCAAACAUUAAAGGUGUGGAUUGGGGGGUGAAAGACAGUUAGUGAGAUUGGUCGAUAUUUGCUUUUUUAUGUGUGUACAACCGUCUGAACUUCAAUACAUAUGGUCCGAUCCAAAUGGGUUGACUUAAACUGUACCCAAUUCAAACCCAAUCUAAACAGAAAAAUGAAUUGAUUCGAGUCCGAUCCGAUAUCCAUAACAAUCCAAACUGUGUCCAAUUGAAUUUGUGUUGUAGAUUCCAGCUUUACUUCCACCACUCACUCAAUCACCAACUGUGGCCUACACAGCACUGCCGACUACAAUUUCCCCCCACCACCAGCCGGCAAGAGUUCCCGACGAAAGAGAGAGAGAGAGAGAACGAAAGAAAGAAACAAAAGGAAAGUAAAGGCAGUGCCAGUACUACUCCAUCAAUAAAGCCGCCUCGUGCCAUUUAUCUCAAACAAAUUAAACCAGAUGAAAUUGUGGGAGUGUUUAGUUUGUUUCAAAUAAAGGUUACUUCGUAAGUGUUUGUUUCGAUGUUUCGAAGUAGGGGUGGGCAUUCGGUCGGUUCGGUUCAAAUCGAACCGAAAUAAUGUAUACCGGGUUUUCGAGUUCCAUCAAAUCUCGAACCGAAUUAUAAUUCGGUUCGGUCGAUUCAAACUGAAUUAUAAUUCGGUUCGGUCGAUUCAAACCGAAUUAUAAUUCGGUUCGGUUCGGUUUUGUAUGAAAAAACAAAAUUGUGAGGUUAGUUUGUAUUUUUUCUCUUUCAAAUUAUUUUUCACCCCUAAUGUAAACAAUAAAUAUGCAAUUAAAUGUAUCAUCAAUGAUAAAAUCAAACAUUUCAACACAUAACUCAUAAAACACUAACAUAAUUCAAAUAUUUAAGUCUCAUAAUAAGUACAAACAUAAAAAUUCACCAUUAGGAACUUGCAAUUAUAAUAAUUCGGAAAAUCGGUUCGGAAUUCGAAAAUUCGUUUCGGUCGAAAAGACCUUGGUUUCCGAAAUAUACCAUUUUCUCUUCCGAAUUCCGAACCGAAGUAAUGUUAUUCGUUUUCGGUUCGGUUAGGUUCGGUUUUACCGAACCGUAUGUCCACCCUUAUUUCGAAGGAAGAAUUGAUAUAAUUGAGGGAAUUUUCGUGAAAGUAUGAAUUAGUACAUUACAUUAUUUACAUUAAUCUUAUAUUUUUUAAUCAAUUUAGACUGGAAUUGAUUCAACUUUUGGCAUCGUGAUGUGCAAGAGAUUUUGUCUUUCAUUUCCUUCAUUCUCCCAAUCAAUGGACUCAAUUAUGAGCAUGAGUCGACAUGCCUUCAUCUGUAACCACCCGAUUAUUCAGUUGUUCUUAAUAACUCUAGUUGUUGGGAGAGGUUCAAUAAUGAGUUUUUUACCACUCAAUAACACGUACACCCCCUCAAACGAAAGUCAGUCAACCCAUAAAGGAGUUUCGUUUGCACAGGUCUGAAUACAAUAAUAUCAUGUGCUUUACAAAUUGGGUCAUCGGAAUUCGAACACAAUACCUCUCGAUCGCAGAAGGCCCUGAUACCAUGUCAAGAACCAUUUAUCACAAUAACUCGACCUGUUGAAAGAAGUUCAAUAAUAGAUCUUAUACCACUCACUAACAUAUAUAUAACACUAGCACAGGACCCGGCCCGUUGGCCGAAAGAAUUUUGUCGAGAAAUAUGAUAUAUAAUAAUGGAUAUAUAAUAAAGGAUUUGAAAUGCA